CACCGCGACAGCGCCUGCCAUAUCGAUAUCGCCAGCAGUCGCCGCGAUGGACCGGUAGCACCAUGGCAAUCACUCCGUGGCAGUUCAAGUUCUUCGACGUCGCGCAGGUCAAGCUCCCCGACGGCGAGAGCUCAUUCCUCUCCGAACCCGGAAACAUCACGUCCGUGGUAUCGGGGUCGGAGAGCAUCUUCUUCGGCAGCUCCGAUGGCAUCGUCCGCAUCUUGUCGCAGGCCUUCAAGGUCGUGCGCUCGUUCAAGGCCCACGAUGCGGGCGCCAUUACGCAUAUGAAGCAGAUCGCGGGGACCGCUCUGCUAGUCACGGUGGCCGAAGAUCUGUCAAACGAACCGGUGCUCAAGGUGUGGGCGCUGGACAAGCUGGAGAAGAAGACAGGCACUCCGCGCUGCCAGAGCACCCUGACCAUCCACAAUGGCCGGAAGCAGUUCCCCAUAUCCGCUUUCGCCGCGCUCGACGACCUAUCGCAGCUCGCUGUGGGCUUUGCCAACGGCGGCGUCACAGUGGUCAGAGGUGAUCUCAUACACGACCGAGGAGCAAGACAACGAACCGUCUUCGAAUCGGAGGAGCCCAUUACCGGCAUUGAGUUCCGCGAGGGCAACAUUACGACCCUCUAUAUCGCGACGACCGGGCGCAUUCUGACUCUGGUCAUCUCUGGCAGGGGCCAAGGGCAGCCUGCGAAGACGCUCGACGAGUACGGCUGCAGCGUAGGAUGCAUGGCUGUGGACAAGAAUACACGCGAGGUGGUUGUUGCGCGUAAUGAUGCCCUCUACUACUACGGGCAGCAUGGGCGAGGACCGCCCUACACCUACGAAGGGGAGAAGACGAUGAUAUCUAUAUUCAGGGAUUAUAUCGUGAUGGUUUCGCCCCCGAAGUCGAGCGCCAUGCCCCGUGCUGGCCCGCUAAGAGCCUUUGGCAUGAGCAGCACCGACGAUGUCUUCAAUACCUCCACACUCACCCUUCUCAACCCGGAGCUUCGACUCGUAGCACACCAAGAGCAGAUUUCAUCCCAAAUCAAGGCAAUCCUCUCUGAAUGGGGUGAUUUGUUUGUUCUGACCAUGGAUGGGAAGAUCUUCCGGUAUCAUGAGAAGCCUUUUGCUCAGAAGCUCGACAUUCUAUACCAAAGGAACCUGUAUCUCCUCGCUAUUAAUCUAGCACAGAAGGCGGGUGUCGAUCCGUCGCAGCAGAACGUUAUUCUACGAAAGUACGGUGACUACCUCUACCAGAAGCAGGAUUACGACACCGCCAUGCAGCAGUACCUGAAAGCAAUCGACAACACCGAGCCGUCACAAGUCAUUCGAAAGUUCCUAGAUACCCAGAGGAUUCACAACCUAAUUGAUUAUCUCGAAGAACUCCACGACCACCACAGAGCGACGUCAGAUCACACCACCCUCCUCUUGAACUGCUAUGCCAAACUAAAGGACGUAGAGAAGCUAGAGGAAUUCAUCAAAUCGCCCGGUGACCUCAAGUUUGACCUUGAUACCGCCAUCUCCAUGUGCCGUCAAGGAGGCUACUAUGACCAAGCUGCCUACCUCGCCCGCAAGCAUGGCGAACACGAACUCGUCGUGGACAUUCUCAUCGAAGACUCCAAACGCUAUGCCGAAGCAGUGGCAUACAUCUGGCGAUUGGAGCCUGAAGUCGCCUAUUUCAACCUCAUGAAAUACGCGACGGUGCUCCUCGAGCAGUGUCCAAAAGACACAACACGACUCUUCAUCGACUAUUAUACCGGUAAUUUUAGGCCGAAGAAAGAUGCAAUUGUCAUACCGAACGCUCCAACGUCAACCGGCAUGAGCAUGGGUCUCGGCGCCGCAUCCAAUGCGGUCCAGAAUCUUGCCGCCCUCCUCCCACUUCCAUACAUGAACGUCAGCGCCGUUGCCACACCGCCUCCUGGCGAGACGAAGUCGACCAUGAGCCAAGCCCAGAUAGUAGAGACGAGCACCGACGAGCCAGCGCCUGAAUACAAAAUACCCAAACCACGAACUGCAUUCUCGGCCUUUGUGGAUCAUCCACAGGAAUUCAUUGUGUUUCUUGAGGCUUGCAUAAAGUCCGAAAACCUUCGCGAAGACGAUAAGGUCGACCUCUACACCACCCUCUUUGAGAUGUACCUGCAUACCGCAUCGUCUAAGAAGGACGGCGAGCGGCAGGAGUGGGAAAAUAAAGCCAAGAAGCUCGUCGAAGGCAAGAACAUCCCUAUCGACACGUCAAACGUCCUGUUGCUCUCCCACCUCUCGAACUUCCGCGAUGGUACAAUCCUCGUACGCGAGCAACAGGGUCUCCACUUUGACAUAUUCCGCUCCUACACCGCGGCCAACGAUACCCAAGGCGCUAUUCGCGCUCUUCGCAAAUACGGCCCCGAAGAGCCCGCCCUGUAUCCCGCAGCGCUCGCGUACUUCACCUCCGACCCAAACGUGCUCACAGAAGCGGGUGACGAUCUCGACAUGGUGCUGAAAAAGAUAGACGAGGAUGGCCUCAUGGCUCCCUUACAAGUCAUCCAGACCCUUUCCGCCAACGGCGUCGCCACAAUGGGCAUGAUAAAGCAAUACCUCUCCACAACCAUUGAGCGCGAGCGCCAAGAAAUUGCCACCAACCGUAAAACCAUCGAAACCUUCCGCUCCGACACGGAAACCAAGAAAUCAGAGCUGCAGAACCUCACCACCAAGCCAGUCGUCUUCCAGGCCGCGCGCUGCAAAGUCUGUAAUGGCCCGCUAGAGCUACCUGUAGUGCAUUUCUUGUGCAAACACUCUUUCCACCAGCGGUGCUUAAGCACGGAUGAGGACGUGGAGGAUGAGAGCGUCGAGUGCCCGCUCUGCAGUGGGCAGAAUCAGACUAUUAGGGCGAUCAGGAAAGCGCAGCUCGAGAGUGCAGAGCGGCACGAUCUGUUUACAGAUGCGUUGCGCAGGUCGAAGGAUGGUUUCGCCGUCAUUAGCGAGUGGUUCGGUCGCGGAGUCAUGGGCGUCGGCGCCGCAGAGUAGCGGGUUGCGGGGUGCCUUAGCGUUUGCUCAAUACUCAAUGCGUAAAGCAACUUCAUCUAACGCUUCUAUGCACUACGUCCAGCUUUUCUUACCCGUGGUAUGCGCAUCUGAGCUCGUACUGUGCACCGUCCCCCCGUCUCCGUCUUCGUCCUACCUGCAAUCUCACCCUUACUAACAUCGCACUUCUCCCACUCCAUCCACAUUCUCCCCCCCAACCCAACCAACUUCCCUAUUGUUAACUAGCAACUCGCCCCGCUAUUAAUCGAUAGCUCCUCGCCACAUCUGCAUCGAACGUGCAGGUUUUACACUCAAUAUUGCACUUCGCGUACAUGGCGCAUGUGCCCGCGCAGCCUUGCAGUGGGUAUGCAAUGGCGCCUGUGAUGUCGCCUGCGGUGUAGGUGGUCGACGAAUUGAUUCGCGGGGGUUUUGCAACUUGGUACAGGUGGUGGGGAGUGGCCGGCGUCGGGCUGGGGGAAGGCGUUGG